UGUGUGCCGGAGAGAAGUUGCCUUUAACUUGAGUUUGCUUCUUCCCUUCACCUUAGUAUCUUAUCUGCAUGUAUUAUAUAUAUAUCUUCUUUGACAUUUGGUUUGUUUUGAAUUGAAUUCAGUACCCCUUUGUUUCACACUGUCGGCCGCUACCCCUCACUCUCUCUCUCUCUAUAUAUACAUACAGUGUUUCCAGUCUCUAGCUACCAUACAAAAGCCUUUAAUUUGGUUCUGUCUGGAGAUAUAUAUAUCAUCAGUGCUGCUCUGAUCUCCCAAUUUCAAAUCUCAGAAGGAAUUUGAAUAUAUUGCUCAUAGCUGCUGCCGUAAUUGGUGCAUGGAUGGAUCCUUCUUGUGCACAGGAAAUGUCAUCACAGACGCUAGAAAGCAUGGUGGAGGCGUCGGCAAAGGCACAGCAGCAAGAGAAGAAGCCGCGGCCGGCGGAUGAGCACGCCCAGAAAUGCCCUAGAUGCGAAUCCACCAACACCAAAUUCUGUUACUACAACAACUACAGCCUCUCUCAGCCGCGCUACUUCUGCAAAUCCUGCCGGAGAUACUGGACCAAAGGCGGCACCCUCCGCAACGUCCCCGUCGGCGGCGGCUGCCGGAAAAACAGAAGGUCGUCAUCUUCCUCCUCCAAACCCAGAAUCUCAACCGGCCAACAAGAUCCCCAUCAAUCCUUGACCUCUAGCCCCGUCCUCACAACCUUCCCCUACGAAUCCCCCCACGAUCUGGGCCUCACAUUCGCGAGCUUGCAGAAACAAGCGGAUGGGAAUCUAGGGUUGGAAGACCACGACAUGGCGGCGGCGCCGAUGAUGUGUAAUCCCAAUAAUACCCUCUCUGAUGUUCUUGGAAACUACGGCGCCGCCUCAGCCACCCCACACGGCUUUCUUGAUUCCCUUAGGGGUACCGGAUUCCUCGAACCCCCAACAAACGGAUUAUUGUACCACAACAACAGCUUGCAGUACUACGGGGCUGUGGGGGAAAUGGGAAUGCCGCCGUACGAUGUUCACAUGGGUGGUGGGGUGUCCACGUCAGCUGCCGUGAAGCAAGAGAUGUAUAGUAAUGGAAGAGAUAAUAAUGAAGGUGAUGAUGACAACAGGGUAUUAUGGGGAUUUCCAUGGCAACAUGGAGGAGAAGGGAACAUGAACAUGGUUGUUGUUAAUGAUGUUGAUUCAAGCAGACAAAACAGCUGCAAUAUUGGGUUUGGUUCUUCUUGGCAUGGCCUUGUCAACAGCCCUCUCAUGUAGAGUUUCAUCAUUACAACCCCUUCAGAUCUUUCGGUUUUUGUUGCAUACUGAACUGGUAUCUGUAUCCCCGCAAAUAUUUCAGUUCAAAUCUUCGGUUUUUGUUGCA